AUGGAUUGGAGGUGUCACAAUGGUGUUAAUGAUAUCUCUCCUUUCCUGCUUUUUGAAGCCAUUGGCGACUCCGAAGAUAUUGACGCCGAUCUUGCAACGGUAGGCAACGAAUAUCACCGCGAUGAUGAUGCCGGGUCGUGUAGUUCCGAGACAUGUGAUGUCAUUUUUGUUGAUGAUGAUUCUAGAAACGUUAAUAAUUAUUUUCAAGAUAGGCAUGGAGAUGUUGAUGUUACAGAUGAAAAUGGGUUCGUUUACAAGAACACAACAAGUUUAUCGAGUUUAUCAUCUUCGUCUGUAUACUUGGAUGGUGAUAAUCAUCAAGAGUCAAAAAUGGUAUACAAGAACGGUAGUAGUACUAGUGCUGUAAAGGAUGACGAUGAAGAUAUUGAGGAUGAGAAUAUGAAGGUAAUGAAUGAAAUGGAGAAGAACAAGCUCUUCUGGGAUAGUUGUUUAGGCUAUUAA